CUGUAACAGGAAACUGUUACUUCCUGCUCCUGCUCAAUAGUGCUAAGUAUCUGACUGUGCUCAGGGGUGUUUAAACUAUAAGAUUUUUUACAAAUAGCAUUCGACAUAGAAACCUGGUUUACACACAGAACCAUGGUGCCAGUUCAGGAUGGGUUCCCCACAUCAGAGGAUACUUUGGCUCCUCUUCCACAGGACCAGGCUCAGUCUUCAGAUUGGGGACAUUCAAAGCGCAAUCUGAGACAGCAAGGCUCUCCAGGUCAUACUCGUAAACUGGGGAAGACGAGGAGGCAAAAGGACAAGAGGGGCUUCAAAGAUGAUGAGAAUCCAGAGGAAAGAGAGAAAAGGCAUAAAGAGCAGGAGUUAAUGCCUCUGUAUAAAGAAUUGCUGUAUACGAUUGCACACAAACUGGGCAAACCAGUUGCUGAGGAGGUGUUUGACGAGAGUCAGCUCCAUCAGUACAUUAGGGAGGCUUUCUCCCUGACAGAGACAGAACACUUAAACUUGUUGGACAAAGUGCAGGACACGGAGGCUCCAGUGUACUGUCUGAUGGUCACUGUGAAGGAGGCUAGGGGCAUUCUGGGAAAAGAUGUUAGUGGCUUCAGUGACCCUUACUGCCUGCUAACCAUUGUGCAUGAGAAGAAGGGGGGCAAAAGAAGCAGCUCACAGCCGAAGCCCAGGAAAGCAGUGAUUACAGGUGUGGUGCCAGCCGAGGAGAUCUAUCAAACGGAUAUCAAGAAGCAGACCAUCAACCCCGUUUGGAACCAGACUUUCAUAAUGGAAUUCAAAGACUGUGAAAGUGGAACCUUCAAUAUGGAAAUGUGGGAUAAGGAUGAGGAGUUGUCCUUAGGCCAGAAGCUGGAAGAGAUGAAGACCAACUUCCAGGGAUUUAAGAGGAUGAUCAAAGAGGCAAAGAAGGACAGGGGCCAGGAUGAUUUCCUGGGAAAUGUUGUGCUCAACCUGAAGGAUCUGCAUUGUACAGAGGACUGCUGGUACAUACUGGAGCCACGGACAGAAACGUACCCUGACAGAGGAAAAUGUCACUUACAGUUCAAGUUCAUCCACAAAGAGAGAGACGAGACCCUGAGUGCCGGUCGCUCCUCCUAUAUUAACUACUGUGGCAUCCUGCUGCAGUUUGUCCAGGCACACAUCUCCAAGCAGCAGCAGGGUAGUGGCACCUGGAAGGGAGAACUGUGUCGGGAGGGUCAGACCCUGCUGGAGCUGUAUGCUACACAGAAUGACCUCUCACCUUUCCUGCAAGACUUGUCGAAGUGGGUGGUGUACAGUAAACUGUACCAGAGUUUAGAGCUGGACUCUACAGUACUGUUUCAGCAGCUCACAAGUAUAGAGUACCAUUGGGGCCAACAGGAACUCCCUUAUCAGCAGAAACAGGAACUGGGGGACUCUCUGCAUGACUUCCUGCAGUACGGCCUGUGUCUGGUGUCCAAGUACAGAGACAUCUUCCCCCCAACCCCCAGCGCUACCCCACGUCUUCACACUCUCCUCAGGGUUCUGGUCCAGAUCUGCAAGACACGGGCCUUUCAGAACCUGAAUCCAGCCCAAUUUGACCUACAUCAAGAGGUUACUGAUGCUGUGCUGGGGGGCACACGAGAGUGGUUCAGCCUCAAAAAGGGUCUCCACCAGCCCAUGAAGAAGAAUGUGUCAGAGACAGUGGGCGCCCUCUGCAGGCUAAUAGGAGAGGUGCAAGAUGAUGUCAGGCUCAGUAAGGACGUAUGGAACAAGGUUUUUGUCAGCGCUGUGCAAGUGGAUGUGUUCACCAUAGUCUACCAUGAGCUGGACUCUUUGGUGGCUGUUGAGGUGAAGGACACUCUGGGCAGAGUCGAGAGCCAGAUGGAGCAGGAGACAGCCAACAGCCUGUUCAAGCUGUACCUCAGCUUGCAGGCCAUUCACAAGCAAAAAGCUUUCCUGCAGAAAAGGGAAAACGUGCUUAAGCUGGCAAACUUCCACGCGUGGUUCCGUGAGUCCCUGCCCUUCUGGUUGAGCAAGGCCUACAACACCACCCUGGAGAGAGUCCAGAGGGCUGUGCAGGUGGACCAGCUGAAGCCCCUGCUGGAUGGCACAGUUCCCGUCAAGCACAGCACUUCUGCGGUGGACCUGGCUGCCUGUCUGCACCCCAUCUGUCAGCUGUGGGAGCAGCUUAGCUGGCCAGACCCAGAGGAAGGCUUCAUGCUCAUGGUCAAACUCACUGAGGACAUCUGUAAGAUUGCAGUGACAUAUUGUCACAUGCUAAAGCAACGGGUGCAGGCCCUGUCCGAAAACUCAGACCAUGGCAGCUCUGUCAACAAGCUGUGCGUGGUGGUGAAUGAUCUGGAACACCUCCGCACUGUGCUGAACAGACUUCCUCAGCAGCUCAACUGGGCAGAGCUACGCAGUCGCACGAGCAGCGUGAUUGGAGAGGGCCAGUUCCACAACACUUUGCCUUCCCAGCUGCAGCACACACAGGGGGUUUUAACCCGAGAGAUCCGUUCUGCCUUGGAGACGCUGGGGAAGAAGAUGCGAGCAGACAUUGAGAAGCAUGUGCUCAACAUGGCCAGUCAGCAGAGGUCCGCCAGCCGGUCCACUGAAGAUGCGGUGGUUCCUUUAAUGCGCUAUCUGGAGAAAGAGCUGCAGUAUAUGAACGAGAACCUGGUCCAGGAAAAUUUCAACAGCAUGUUGGCCGUGCUGUGGACCAGCUCUGUUCAGGUCCUGGACCAAGUAUCUCGCCAGCAGAGUGGGGUGAUGCAGUUCUAUCAGAAACUGCACUACACACUGCAGUGUUUGGAGCAAAGCUUCCACGCCGAGGGGAACGGCUUGCCGCUGGACACACUUCACACCGAUGAGUACAAGAGGCUAAAUGCUCACUUGGUGCAGAACUCUCUAAACAGCAAGCAGCUGAUUGAGAAGUUUCUGGAAGGAAAGGUGUUGGAACAGAAGGUGUAUAGUGGAGAGAAGUAUGGAGCAGUCACUUUGAUUGGCUCCUAUAGCAGGUCAGACCAGCGGCUCCACAUAGAGGUCCUCAAUGCUGUCAACCUCCUCCCCAUGGACUCCAAUGGCUCCAGUGACCCGUUUGUUCAGCUCUCCCUGGAACCGAGAUACCUGUUCCCUGAGGUGGAGACCCGCUGCACACAGAUCAAGAAGCGUGAACUCAACCCGCUCUUUGAGGAGGCCUUUGACUUCCUGGUGUCAGCAGAGCAGUGCAAUGCGGCAGGGGCGUCCCUGGUGGUGACGGUGCUGGACCAUGACACCCUCCGCAGCGACGACUUUGAGGGCGAGGCCUUCCUGUCCCUGCGGGCCGUGCCAGGGGUGGGUGGCGGGGGACCCCAAGACCAGCAGAAUCGUACCUCCUCCGCUCAGAUCCGACUGCCCCUCAUGCACCCUAAACCCAAUGCGGACGCUAUCCUGAAACUGCUGGAGACCAGGAAGGACGACCGCGAGGCGCAAGCUUUUGUUAAGCUGCGCAGACAGAGAGAGAAGAUGUCUCAGGAGGUGUGAAUGAGGAAAAGGAGAGAGGGAAAACAACGGGAAGACACACCAUAGACUUCUUUACACAGCAUUCUUAAUUGUCUCUAAUGUGUCUUUUCAAUGCUUUUUAAGAACAUUUCUAGCAGUGCACCGUUCUUACAUUGCAGAUUGCCAUGGUGACAGACGGUAUUCGUCUGCCCAUGUGACCUGUCUGGCUGGUGAGAGCAAAGCGAUGUGCUGCACAGCCAGCCUGUAUGGCUGCUCUGGUCAUGUGACCCACAAACCAGCCACUGCUGCCUUUGUGCCAUGGGACAAGGACAAAGCCCUAUUCUUUUUAAUGCAGUCCUUAACAGCCUAUAUUUUGAUUGUGAAGCCUGAAGAUAUUUUAAUUUAAUGAAUUACUUCCAGUACCCCCCCAAACUAGCAUUAUUUUUUGUAAAUCGUAAUAAGACCACGCUGCAGCGGUUCUUCGGUAUGGAGAACGGCUUUCUAACGAACACGGGGGAGUUCCAGCUUCCCCACAGGAGCCCUUGUUGACACAGCAGACUCUGAGCCCAGCGCACCAUAAGUAUAUAUAACAGAAGCCAAUCAGGGACCACUUUAUAUGUUCCUUUAGGAUGUAGAUUAUGAAGUGUCUUAUGUCUUUUUUCAUUAUUGAUAGGUGAAUAUAUAUAUACUAGCGUAUUCCUCAAACUAUAUACUACUGGAACUACAUCAGUGUUAAAACUUUCAAUUGUGUGUACAAUAAAAAAUUUCAUUGACAUUGA